AUGUCGCUGGAAGAAGUCAAGCAGCAGCGCUUACUAACCCGGAAAAACAUGUCCCGCAUAAGGACAAUAGUGGAGACAAGCGAAAGUAAAACUGGGAAAAUACUUUCGCCCAUUGAACUCAAGUGUCGACUCGGAAUUUUAGAUUCCUAUUUUAAGCAGGGGUUGGGCUAUCAAACGCAAAUCGAGAAGCUCGAUCCAGAAGACAAUGGUCGGGGUGACCUGGAAGACCUCUACGUCACCAUCCGUUCAAACAUCCAAAUGCAGCUCGGUGAAGAUGAACACAAUUCAACGUUCCGUGAAUCAACAGCAGUAAUUCCUGUCUCGCAUUCAAAAAUACCAGCAUUAAAGCUACCCGUAUUCUGUGGACGGUACUCGGAAUAUAAAAAUUUCAUCGCAUCAUUCAUGCACGUCAUCGGAAAUGAGUCAUCGCUGUCUAAUAUUGAGAAGUUUUACCAUCUCCUCAAUUGCUUACAAGGGCAGGCCUUGGAGACUGUGAAGGCGUUCCAAAUCACCAGCGUGAACUACUCAAAGGCAUUAGACAGAUUAAAGUCCCGUUACAACAAUAGCACGCUCAUCUUCAUGGAAACCAUCAAGUCGUUAUUCGAGCUGCCUUCUGCUCAGUUACAAAGUUUGGUCGACAACGUGUCUGCACUUUAUAGUUCCCUGUUGUCAAUCGGCUCUGAUAAGAACAUUUCGCAUUUACUGCUCAUUCACCUUGUAAUGGACAAGGUUGAUGAAGAAAAGCAAAAAAAAUGGAAGGAGUCGUUAGACUUCACAUCGCUACCAUCUUGGGAACAGUGCGCAAAGGUUCUUGAACGACGCUGUCAGUUCUUAGAGUCAGCAUCGGGCUCCCUCCCGUUUGGUGAUUCUGGAAAAUCCAGCUACAAACAGGAAAACAGGAAUAAGCCGCCACGUAAGGGCUAUUCGUUUUCAUGUACAAAUCGCUCUUGCGCAUUAUGUUCUAAUUCAGACCACUUAAUUGGCAGUUGCUCUCGCUUCAAGCAAAUGGAGAUUGCUGACCGUUUCAAGGAGGUUAAAAGGUUAGGUCUGUGCCUCAAUUGUUUGUCUAAUAAACACCAACUAGCACAUUGCUCGUCCGCAUUCAGAUGUAAACAUUGUGCUCGUUCUCAUCACAGCCUACUUCAUCGUGCUCCUACUUCAAACAAAAUGCAGUCAGCAUCGUUUUCUACAUCAUCACUUGAGCAACCAACGCAACCUGUAAGUACUGCAGCUGCGCACACACAUCAAGAAAAAUCGCCACAAGACCAAGUCAUACUAGCAACUGCAGUGGUACUCAUCCGAGAUGCGUCGGACAGUUUUCAAUUGGGUAGAGCGCUACUCGACUCCGGCUCCCAAGUAAAUCUUAUUACCGAGGAGUUUUCCCGAAAAUUGCGCCUCCCAAGAGAAAGGCACCACAUUGAAAUCCAGAGCAUUGGGGAUUCGGUAACAAAUAUUAAACACAAGACAUCAGCCACUGUCAAAUCUCGAAUGUGUGAUUAUGAGACACCAUUAUCGUUCCAUGUUACCUCGCAAAUCGCGUAUCAACCAGAGGCUGAAUUUAAUAUCACAUCUUGGAACUUGCCGGCUAACAUUGAACUCGCCGAUGAAAAUUUCUUUAAGCCAACAAGUGUAGACCUACUCAUCGGCACAGAAAUCUUUUUCGACAUUCUGUCUAUUGGGCAAAUAAAGUUAGCACCUGGGUUACCGACACUACAGAAGACUCUAUUAGGUUGGGUCGUCUCUGGCCGAUAUCAACGACCUACAGAAAAUUCAUCAUCAAUUUGCCUACUUUCGGUUGAGGAAUCAGUGGAUGCCAAUUUGCAACGCCUCUGGAAGCUGGACGAACCAUCAAAGGCAGACAUGUGGACCACUGAUCAAAGGAAUUGUGAACAAAGUUACAUGCAAACCUUGCAGAGAAACAUCGAGGGGAGAGUUGUUGUCAAGCUACCGUUUAAAGAGGCCCCUCAUUGUCUUGGCCAGUCGUACGCAACUGCACUUCGAAAAUUUAUUGCUCAGGAGCGGCGUAUAACGCGCUGUCCUGACCUUCACCAACGAUACAUCGCAUUCAUGGAAGAGUAUUCUCGCCUUGGUCAUAUGAGCAUCGUUAAAAGGGUGGAUUUCGAUAAUCCACAUUACUAUGUGCCUCAUCAUUAUGUCCUGAAGCCAACUAGCACAACAACUAAGCUCAGGGUAGUAUUCGAUGCCUCCUGCAAGAGCACAACCCAAAGAUCACUCAACGAUAUUCUUGCUGUGGGGCCUACUCUGCAGAACGAUCUAUACAUCUUGCUACUACGGUUUCGACUAUAUCGUUACACACUUACUGCUGAUAUCGUAAAGAUGUAUAGACAAAUUUUGGUGGAUAAAAACGAUCGCAAAUUCCGAUACAUCUUAUGGGGAAGUACGCCCCACGAUGAAAUACGCACUUACCAGUUAAACACGGUAACAUAUGGUACGGCGUCCGCUCCUUAUCUCGCUGUACAGAGCCUCAACUACAUUGCUGAUGCAUACGAAUCGGAUUAUGCUCUCCGUGCCAGCACAAUUAAAACGUCAUUCUACGUUGAUGAUCUUUUAUGUGGUGCCGAUACCCUGGCAGAGCUAUCGCGAAUCAAAUACGAAGUCACGGAGAUACUAAGGCGUGGUUGUUUUCCCUUGGCGAAGUGGCAUUUAAACCACCAUAAAUAUCGAGAAGAUGACACCAUGAAAGAUUUAAAUAUCGACGAAAGUUUUACAACGAGCACUUUAGGAUUAGCAAAUUUGGGCGAGAAAGUUCAUCGUUGCCUAUCAAGAGAGCCAAGCGGCAAUGGAUAA